CUUUGAAACUACCCUCUCCAGCAACUUCUAUAUAAUAAUAGGACGAUAAUUCACCAAAUCUGUAGCUUCGGUCUUUCGUUUACUUUCUGGACCCUUCCAAUCGAAAUAGUUUUCUUUUUCCUUCUUUCGCAAUUUCUCUCGGUACGAUCGAAAUUCCAUGGACGCGUUCUCAUCCUUUUUUGGUUCCCAGUCGUCUUCACGAAGCCGCUGGAGCUACGAUUCUCUCAAGAGUUUUGGCCAGAUCUCUCCCGUCGUCCAGACUCAUCUCAAACAGGUCUACCUGUCAUUAUGCUGUGCCUUGAUUGCUUCUGCUGCCGGGGCUUACCUGCAUCUUCUCUGGAACAUUGGUGGUCUCCUUACAACGUUUGCAUGCAUGGGAAGCAUGAUUUGGCUACUAUCCACUCCUUCUCAUCAAGAGCAAAAAAGGGUUGCACUAUUGAUGGCAGCAGCUGUCUUUGAGGGGGCUUCAAUUGGCCCCCUGAUUGAUUUAGCUAUUGAGAUUGACCCAAGUAUUUUGGUCAGUGCCUUUGUGGGUACUGCACUGGCGUUCAGUUGUUUUUCAUUAGCAGCCAUGUUGGCAAGGCGUAGAGAGUACCUGUACCUUGGUGGCCUGCUUUCUUCUGGCCUCAGCAUCCUUUUGUGGCUGCACUUUGCGUCUUCUAUUUUUGGGGGUUCUGCAGCCAUCUUCAAGUUUGAGUUGUAUUUUGGGCUUCUGGUGUUUGUAGGCUUCACAAUUGUGGACACUCAGGAAAUAAUUGAGAAAGCACACCAUGGUGAUUUGGACUAUGUGAAUCAUGCACUGCUUCUUUUCACUGAUUUUGUCGCUGUCUUUGUCCGAAUUCUCACUAUUAUGUUGAAGAAUUCCAUUGACAAGAGUGAGAAGAAGAAGAAAAGGAGGGAUUGAAUGUUUUCCUGAUACCAAGUUUGCCAAAAUCUAGCUAGUUGUCUAUAAUGUCUGUUUUCUCAAUGGAACGAAAUUACUGAAUAUACUAUGAUUUUAUUUCCUGGUUAGGUGUGUUGUAAUUAGCUUUUCUUUUUGGCUCUUGGUGCAUGUUUGGAAUUCCUGAAUGAUAAUGACUCUCUCCGUGGUUACAGCUUUCAUUAGACUAUAAUGGAUGUUCAUUCUUGACGUUGUA